AGUUUGGCCCAGUUCGUGUUUAGCAGCGGGCGCGUUAGGAUCGCUCGCAAAUCUAAAAGCUCUGGAGAGCCAUAAGCCCAUUACUGAUUCGCCACCAUGUCGAAGAACUGCAUGAUAACGUUCGACCAGAAUGAGCACGGCACCUACUUCACCGGCCAGGUGAUAUCCGGCAAGGUGAUUGUCAAUCUGAACAAGACCAAGAAACUGAGAGGAAUAAAACUGCAAAUAAGUGGAUAUGCGCAAGCCCAGUGGCGCCACCGCAGACAUGGUAAGGCGGUGGCCAUCCAAAACCCCAAGAAGCGAUCGAAUCACCAGUACAGCGGACGGGAGGACUAUAUAGCCUCCACCACUUACCUCAUGGGUUCGGAGCAGGGCAGCAACUUUAACAUGGACGCCGGCACGUACACCUACACUUUUGCUUGCCCCAUUCCUAGCCACUGCCCCUCGUCCUUCGAGGGUGCGUAUGGACACAUCCGGUAUCUGGCCAAGGUCACCUUUCUGAAGCCAGGCGCUUCCAAUCGCACUCACAACGUGGGCUUCACUGUGCUUAAGCUGCUGGACUUGAACCAGGAGACCAAGAUGCUUCGGGAACCGGCGAGCAAUGAAGCCGUGGAACACUUUUGCCUGAUGCACUCGAAGCCAGUGCAGUUGAAGGUCACUCUGCAGCAGCAGGGCUAUGUUCCGGGUCAGUUCAUGCUGAUCCACGCCCAUGUGCGCAAUGACUCCAGCUCCGAUUGCCGGAAGCUACUGAUCAUGCUGCAUUUGAGAGCCACAUACACGGCGGAUACGCCCUCGCUCCGCACCACAUCCGAAAAGAUAAUGCUCGUGAAGCGCGAGUGCGGUCCGGUGGCUCAUAAUGCGCAGAAAACAUACACGGAAACCCUAAGGAUUCCAGCAACGGCGCCCACCUGCGAGCACCUUAGCAAGGUGGUGCGCGUAUCCUACGAAGUGCGUGUGGUGGCUGUUAUGAACUGGCUGAUGGCUAAUCCGCGGCUAAUAAUCCCUGUGACCAUUGGCAACGUGCCCCUGGCAACUGCGGUGUCCGGACCGGACUUCCUGCCAACUAACGCCUACCCAUCUGGAAGUUCGCUGCCUGCCGAUGUGCCAUGCACCUCUACAAGGGCCAUGGAACUGGCUCAGAUGGCCUCAAGCGGGGUCAGCAACUCCGGCUACGAGAUGGCCGAGGAUCUAGAGGACUUCGAGCUUCCAGAGGACGGAGAUGAUGAGUUGGAGGCCGCCGACAAUUUCGUACCAGAUUUACCUCCUCCUACCUACGAGCAGGCUAUGUUCAUGACCACUGAUAUUGCGGACACGGACGCGAACACGGUCAGCGAGGCCUCCCGAUUUACUCCACGCUAUCCGGUCUUCGACGUGGACACCUUCCAGAGCCCGCCGCCAAAUCCGCCCCAGAAGAAGAGGCGCCGCCGACGCCGACGUCCUGCCGAACCUGGACAGUCGAAGCAACAACCGGAGAAGCAACCAGUGGAGUCACCCGUGCAGAUCUGAGGGCACUUAUCGCGAAAAUCACGACUAUAUCUUAUCUCGGCAGUAUUUAUUUCUUUUACGGUUCGCCAGUGCACUGCAGUGUACUUACCUAAAUGUUUACUAUAUAUGUAUAUCGGAAUGAUAAACAACCCAGAAUAUAAAAGUGUCUACUGGGUGAUACGCGAUAAAUUGCUACUAUGGCAUAGACAACCAAAUCCAUGAAGGCAUUGAACUACAGAUUUAUUCAUUCGCUAUUUAUAAAUUAUAUUGAGUGGUGGACUUCUAGCACAGUUGGUUUAAAUGAACAUAGAGAUUUUGUUAUGAGAGCUAUUGCUUAACAAUUUCCAUCGAAAUACCAAAAAAAAAAAAUUUUAAACUUCCUCCCAAUCUGAGUAACAGGCCCGUUUCGAAUUAUAUAGAACAUAUACCAUAGAAACGGUCUUUUGAUACUGAUCAAACAUUCUCUCGACCGUCAUGAUACCCUUUGAUUGCUACGCACCAGGAAUCAGGAACUUCUUGGACUUUUACGCGUUUGUAAAUGCGUACAAACCAUCAGUAACAAACGUAAUCAACUAUCCCAGAUUUAAGUCCAUAGACGAAUUAACUUGAUAUGAUUCUAUUUCACCGUUUUUCAAAAAAUAAUAACAACUUUGAUAACAGCUCAACUAAACUUGAGCUUUCAGAGAACCCACUUGUUUUUUGAUUGCAAAUUUUAAGAUUUGUUGCCUUAUUGUUCGUAACAAAAUAAACAAAAAAGAGAACCGUUUAUCAGAA